AUGAGAGAUUAAUUCUAACAAAACUAAAUCAUAGAAGAAUUAUAAAACAUAUUUUGUGCAUUCUAAUCAAUAAUAUAUAUUAAAUUAUCUCCAGAAAUCUAAAUUUUACUUUGUAUUUAAUUAUUGUCCUUGUGUGGAGAAUUGUAUUCCUAUUUGAGAAAGUAAAAUAGAUUUAUUGAAAAAAGGUGAAAUGGUUAUUUAUUCAAAUUUUAGAAAGAUUAUAAUAUUUUUCAUUCUUAAAACAUUAUUUAUAUAGAUAUAAAGCUAGAAAAUAUAUUGAUUAUUUAAGAUGGCUAUCCAAAUUCGUUGAUUUUGUACUUAGUAAAAUAAUUAAUAAUAAAAAUCAUUAAAUUAUUGUACAUUUGGCACCAAAAAUGGUAGAAUAUAAUUAUACUUAAGAUUAUUAUUAAUUAGGUGUGAUAUUUUAUGGAAUGAUAGUUGGUAUUCCACCAUUUUAUGUAAAAACUAGAUCGGAUAUGAUUAAGAAUAUCUUUUAAAAAUCUAAAAUUUCUUUCAAAACAAAUUAUAAAAUUUUAUUAUUAAAUUAUGUAAUUAAGACAAAACAAAGAAAUUAUAUGAGAAAUGUAAAUAUAUAUAAUUGUAUUUGUAGAAAUCAUGA